GUCUGUCUUUGGUCAUUCUUCUCUCUAGUGUCCGGUACAGGGGCUGUGUAGCGAGCAAGGCCUAUGGUUAUGUAAUAGACAGUAGGUAUGUGUGACUAGACCCUCAUUGGAGGGUUUUAGAUGCAGCGUAAGGAAGUGCAAAAAAGUGCAAGUGAAGCCUUGGAAAGUGUGAGGAGAAGUCCGAGCCUUUGUCUCUCUGACAGACUGGAGUGGAAACCCUGCAGGCCCGUGUGACCCGGGCCUGGUGCUCUGGCAUGCCCCGAGGACCCGAGGUGGCCAUUCCAGUAAGCAGUAGUCUCUCAGGGGUGACAGUGAGAGGCCACUUGAUCCAAACAGACAGGUUGCACUCCAGUAUGCAGUUGGUGUGUUAAGGAUGGAGGACUCUAGCUUGUGUCUUGGUGUGUCGUCAGCGGUGCCUGACGCUGAUGCCCAUCUGAACAGUGCAGUGUUAAAUGGUCGCUACCCCAUCAGUCAAAAGCUUCAUCAGCUCACUGCCCAGCUAGGACACGCCUUUCCUGACCUACACCGCCCACAACAGAUCCCUGAAGAGAAAGCAGCCACGCCUUUGGACGAGAAGACCCACCACGCCGCGCUGGCCAGUCAACCUAUUAGCAGUCAGAUGGCCCUGCUAGCCAAUCAGCUCAACCGAGACAUUGACGCAGGGGCACUAAGUGGGUUGAACGGGCGCGUUGACCUGCAACAGUUUCUCAACGGCCAGAACUUGGGCAUCAUGUCCCAGAUGAACGAUAUUGAAGAUGACGCCCGCAAGAAUAGGAAGUAUCCCUGUCCAUUGUGUGGCAAGCGCUUCCGUUUUAACAGCAUCCUGUCCUUGCAUAUGCGCACACACACAGGAGAGAAGCCCUUUAAGUGCCCCUACUGUGACCACCGCGCGGCUCAAAAGGGCAACUUGAAGAUCCACCUCCGCACCCACAAGCUGGGGAAUCUUGGUAAAGGCCGUGGCCGUGUCAGAGAGGAGAACAGGCUUCUGCAUGAGCUGGAGGAGAGGGCCAUCCUGAGGGAUAAGCAGAUGAGAGGGAGUGGCAGUCUCCUUCAGACAGUUCCAACACCCCAUCUGGGCCUCAAUAGCAGCUCUAACACCCAUCAGCAGCAACUAGGCUCAGCCUGUGGCCUCCUUCCCCCCUCUGGCCUUGCCACGCCAGAAACAAUUUCCCAACCUUCUUCUUCACCCAAGCCAGCUGGCACCCAAGAUGACCAGUCCUCGAAUCCAACUUCAGGCUUCCGCUGUACCUUCUGUAAAGGGAAGUUUAAGAAACGCGAGGAGCUGGACCGUCACAUCCGCAUACUCCACAAGCCCUACAAGUGUACUCUGUGUGAGUUUGCUGCCUCCCAUGAAGAGGAUCUGAUAAGUCACGUAGAGAAGGCCCACAUUACAGCAGAGAACACACAAGGCCAGGGUGCUGGUGGUGCCGGUGGAACACAGGUGGCCACUGAAUUCCGCUGUGAUGUGUGUGGCCAGGUGUUCAGCCAAGCUUGGUUUCUAAAGGGCCACAUGCGCAAGCACAAGGACUCUUUUGAACACUGCUGCCAAAUCUGUGGCCGUCGCUUCAAGGAACCGUGGUUCCUCAAGAACCAUAUGAAGGUGCAUCUCAACAAGCUGGCCAUCAAGACCAAGCCGCCCCAGCCCAGUGAGCAGGACAUGGCUGUCGUCAAUAGCAUGAGCAAUCUGGCUCAGGAAGCUCAUGCCAAUCUUUAUUCCCGCUACAUCUCAUGUCUACAGGGAGGCUUUCUUUCACCAGACAAACAGGGCCUGAGUGAGCAGCAUCAAAUGUUUGCUAAAGCAGGGAUAGCCAUGAAGGAAAAAGAGAUGCUAGGGAAGCUGCUCGGGCCAAUGUCGGGAGGUAUGGGCCAUGGGCUGGGUGAAAAUGAAAAGCGCUCACUCCUGGGUUGUCUCAACCUUGUGCCACCACUCAAGUCGAGCUGCAUGGAGCGCCUCCAAGCAGCUGCAAAAGUGGCAGAGAUGGACUCCCUCAAUAGCUACCAAGCCUGGCAGAUAAUGGCCCGUGGCAUGGCUAUGGACAGGGCUUUCAUGCCGAAGGAGCAGCACCAGCACCAGCACCAUAUUCCAUCAGGGCAGGAUGAUGAGAUAGGUGGGGCUGGAGCCUUGGCUUCCUUCUCAAAGGAUAAACAAGACUACUCCAUGAUUUCAUCCAAUGACAGCUCCAAGCAGAAGCAGCUCUCGGAGGCCUUGCAGGGAUCCAAGGCCGCAAGCGGAGCCAUGAUGUCCAUGAAGGAGGAUGGAAGAGGCUUUGACAGUCACCGUGACUUGAUGUCUGUCCACGGUAGUGCUGAGACUCCUGGAGCCCUGGCUGGCUUGGGAAGCCCGAACAUUGACUUCAGCCUUUCCGGCUUGAAGGAAAAGCCUUCAGAAUGCCCUGACUGUGGCCGCGUCUUCCGAACCUACCAUCAAAUGGUUGUCCACUCCCGCAUUCAUGGCAAAGACAGACGAGGCAUUGAGGAAGCGCUCCAGCAACAUGGCCUGGACGAACGGCGUGGAUCAGCCAGUGAUCCUGAGUCCCAGUCCAUCAGCCGCUCCACCACUCCUGGUUCAUCCAAUGUGACAGAAGAGAGCGGAGCUGGAGGAGGACACUCCCAGACAGGAAGCGUCCAGGACGACAGCCCACAUCCCUCAUCACCAUCUUCAGAUGUUGGGGAGGACUUGGGGAAGGCAGCAGGGAGCAUCCAGCCGUCUCUGUCCCAGCAUCGGGAACGCAGUGUGGGCUCGUCCUCCAAGGAUUGUCCCUACUGUGGCAAGACCUUCCGCACCUCCCAUCACCUCAAAGUCCAUCUGCGGAUACACACAGGAGAGAAACCCUACCGGUGCCCUCAUUGUGACUACGCCGGCACCCAGUCUGCCAGUCUGAAGUACCACCUGGAGCGCCACCACCGUGAGCGUCAAAACGGCUCCACCACCUCAGGCCCAUCCUCUUGCCACACCCCUUCUUCUGACCACAAAGAGGAUCAUGGGAAGGCAACCGGUGGCGGCAUCUUUGCCCGACCAGACGUCCUUCGUAAUGUUUUCAAGAGCAUGCCUCCCAACCUAGACUUCAGGGGGGGUCCAUUGCUGCCACAUCAGUGGGCAACGGCCAGCAUGAUGUCUUCGCAUGACCGAGAUCGUGAGCGUGGAGACCGGCGCUUUGACUCCGCCUCUUCAGCUGAGAACAUGAAGACUGCUGAUGGCCCGUCCGCCCUGAUCUCAACAGCGACAGAUAGCUUCUCUGACCUGAGCAGGGCUUACCAAAGCAUGAUGGGAAACGGAGUCCACUUUCAAGGUUCUCUCCAAGCCUUCAUGGACAGCUUUGUCCUCAGCUCCAUGAAGAAAGAUACAAAGGACAACCAGAGUCCAGUCCAGCUCCAGGCCCAGUGCUACCACGACAAUGGCGAGCCCAAAGCCAAGCGAGCUGUCUCGGCUGACCAGGAAAGAGAAGAUAAGGCUGAAGCCAAAAAGAACUCUGAGCCUGGCAAACCUGGGUCCCAGUAUGAACCUCUUGAUCUGUCUGUGUCAGUCCGGCCAGAGUCUGCAUCUGGAUCCCUCCCUGGCUCUUCAGUCACCAUCCAUGAUAACGUGGCAUGGCACGGCUGCCUCUUCUGCUCCUUCUCCACCUCCUCAUUGGAGCUCAUGGCUCUGCACCUCCAGGCCAACCACCUGGGUAAGGCCCAACAGCAGCAGUCUGAUACAGGAAAGGAACUUUACGGAGAGACCACCUCCACUAAUCACUCCUCCAACGCUAAGACGGGUGUGGCUCCUGACAAAGAUGGAGACAGAGAUGGAGAGAAGAGCCAGGGAGGCUGGAACAAUCACAUGGACCAGCCCUACAACCCCUUCCAGAGUGACUUCUACAGGCGCUUUGGUGGCUUGUAUGAUGGAUCCCCGAGGGCCAACCAGGGUCUUCAAGCGUAUUUAGCUCCAACAGAGCAGGGUCUGGACCUACCAACCCAGGCCUUUGGAGGAGCACCUUUAGCUGGGGUUGACCACAUCGAUGAGAAGGGCUCCCGUGGAGACAUUGAAGAGGACCAGGUUGGAUCUGAUAACGAGGUUGCAAAGGCUGAGGGGCGCAGUGCCAGUGAGACCCCCUCAACCACCCCCAAGAGACAGCAGCAACAUAAUCACUCUGAAGAAGAGGAUGAGGAGGGAGGAGUGGGUGAAGAGGAAGAAGACAGAGAUGAGUAUGGGCAAAUGGAUGUGGAGAGAGACAGAGAAGGAAGUCCAUCUUCAGACCACCUCCUGAACCACUCCAAACAUCUCCAAGACAAUUCUCUGCCACCAAGGGGUGGAGGAGGUUUGGCAGAAUCUUCCUCUGCCAUGACACAACUUUCUCUGGUUCCCAAAGCCAAGAACCAAGCUUUGCCACUGGAGAAGCAGUGGCAACAGGGCCUGGCCCUCCUUUCUCCCAGAGGCCCCCAAGGACUCUUGAAGGCUGAGCAGCAGAGUCACCUAGAGCAGCAGAUGAACAUGCUAUCUGUCCUCCGAGCCUACAGCAACGACAACCUCCCUGCAUUCAACGGCCUGGGCGGCGGAGCAUCUACAGGGGGCAUGAAGAGGCCAGAUGCACCUGGACAGAGACCAUUCAAGUGCAGUUACUGCCCCUACAGUGCCUCCCAGAAGGGCAACCUGAAGACCCAUGUCCUGUGUGUGCACCGCAUGCCCUUUGACAACAGCCAGUAUCCUGACCGACGCUUCAAGCGCUCCCGUCCCGAGUCCGACGGCCCAGAAAAGAACCCUGAAGACGCCGUUGGUGAUUUUGCAUUUCAUCAACCGACGACAGGAGCGGAAGGAAGCCAUGAGACUAACGUGUCGUUCGCAGGGGAGGCCACAUUUCGUCACCAGGACUGAAGCAGCCAUGUUGGUUACUAACAUCCUCGAGGGAAGGUGUGUGUCCGUCUUGGACAAUGCAUUAUCGGAAUUUGCAUCGUUAGACAACUCGUUUCCAACAGAACUGUCCCGGAGAUCCUAAGACAUCGGCAAGCCCAUGAAUUGCUGGCGGACAGCGCUGUGAAUAGACCACACUUCCUACGUACGUCUGUGUAAUUGGAAGUCUGUAAACACUGACUAAGAACACAUAUUAAUGUAUGUAUUUGUGAUGAGGUGAUUCAGCAUCUUUUUUUUUAAGACCAAGCAAGUGUGCAAGAAUGAAAAAGUUAAAAACUGUUAAUGAAAUAGUUAACAGUUGUUUUCAGACAAAUCACAAAGGAAAGGAGGCUGUGGAGAAAGCAGGAGGCCAAGUAAAAAUCAUUAGAAUUUCCUCCAAAAAUAAGUCUUUUAUCAGAAAAAUGAUCCGUGUAAAGGAUUGAGCAGAAAAGUUAUUGUAAGGAAGAUGGAGGAGGCGGUGGAGGAAAAGGAGGGCUUUUCAAUGCACACCAACACCACCACCGCCAACCCCAGCCAUCCCAGAACAUAACACCAGUGGCUGCCAUUUCCCAGUGAGUGAUGAGCACUGUAUGCGUGUGUGUGUGUGUGUUGGAGGGUCAGUGGCGGCAAUGGUGGCGUGUGUGUCAGGGAUAGAGGGGAAAAGGAGGGGGUGCAUUGGUGCCAGCCUGACUGGAGCUGUCAUCGCAGAGGAAAUCAAUUCAACAACGCACACACACAAACACACAAUUAGUCCUACAGUGGUAACCUGACCCUUGAUGGUACGCCAGGGGGUCAAGUUGAGUCCCGUCAGCUGGCCAGAGCCCCUCAAGUCACCUCCUUCCCUCCUCCAUUAUUCCCUCUUCUCUCACUCUCUCCAAUACAAGCCAAAUGCGUUAUAACGACCUGAAAAAAAUACAACACAAAUCAAUCCGCAGCGUAUUUAAGGCAUCCAUUAGCCGACGCUAAGGCUUGUUCUGCUCUGGUUUUGGCAAUUCAACGUCCAGAGGUCACCUUACUGGCUCCAUGUCAGAGAAGGACAGGGAGUUUGAGCUCAUUAUGUUUUAGCUUGGGCCACUUUAUGAUGACAGAUGACAGGUUGGUACUUUGGCGAGUAGCUGGACCAAGCUCUGGGGAAUGUUUUUGUGAUGUGCUUCAGAAGGAAAGAUCCAGUAUAACCAGCUGUGUUCUGUACAUAUAAAAAGGUGUGGAGAGUUUGACAUAGACACUCUGGCAUCAACUCAAGACAAGCAGGAUUAAUCUCCCCCAAUUACAAGCUCUUUUAAAGUUGCUACACAGGAGGGACAUGAUG